AUGUGCCCAGCUGGGUGUUCUGGAGGCAGAGCUCACGGGGCUGGCUCCAGGGCCCUGCUGGCACAGCCACAGAUAGGGAGGACAAAGGAUCAAGGCUGCUCCAGGGACACGAGGUGCCUUUCAGUGCCCUGGCCUCACUGCUCCCUCUCUUCCCACCCUGUUCCCCAGCUCGUGAACACCUUCUUCAGCUUCCUGAGGAGGAAGACAGAUUUCUUCACCGGGGGAGAGGACGGAGUAGCAGAGAAGCUGAUCACAGAGGCCUUCAGCCACCACAACAAGCUGGCUCAGAAGGAGCGGCGGGAGAAGAAGGCGCGGCAGGAGGCCGAGCGGCGCGAGAAGGCCGAGCGAGCGGCGCGCCUGGCCCGGGACAGGGACAGGGACAGGGAGCAGCCCGGAGAGCCGCGCAUCAAGGAGCUCACCGACGAGGAGGCAGAGAGGCUGCAGCUGGAGAUCAACCAGAAGAAAGAGGCACAAGGGCAGGGUAACAGUGUCCCAGUGAAGCCCUCGGAGGAGGAAGGUGAAUCUUCAGAUUCCAACAAACAGGGAACAGAUGAUGAAGAGGAAGAUGAGAAGGAUAAAGGAAAACUUAAGCCCAACUCUGGCAAUGGAGCUGACCUUCCAAAUUACAGAUGGACACAGACUCUCUCAGAAUUGGAUCUGGCUGUGCCCUUCAAGGUGAGCUUCAGGCUGAAGGGCAAGGAUGUGGUGGUGGAUAUCCAGAGACGCCGCCUCAAGGUGGGCCUCAAGGGCCACCCUCCUGUCAUUGACGGGGAGCUCUUCAACGAGGUCAAGGUGGAGGAGAGCUCCUGGCUCAUCGAGGAUGGCAAAACAGUCACUGUGCACCUGGAGAAGAUCAACAAAAUGGAAUGGUGGAACAAACUGGUCUCCACAGACCCAGAAAUCAACACCAAGAAAAUCAAUCCAGAGAACUCAAAGUUGUCAGACCUGGACAGCGAAACUCGCAGCAUGGUGGAGAAGAUGAUGUAUGACCAGCGACAGAAGUCCAUGGGCUUGCCCACCUCUGAUGAGCAGAAGAAGCAGGAUAUUUUGAAAAAGUUCAUGGAACAGCAUCCAGAAAUGGACUUUUCAAAGGCUAAAUUCAACUGAGCUGUCCCCCUUCCCCCCCUCUUUCAGUCAGCCCCUUGAAUGGGGCAGGAAAUGUAUGGUUGGAUAUUCCUCACCUUGGGCAAGUUAAACUUCAGCAUCCCCCACCCGAGCUUGCAGGAGGGCCCUGCCCAGCCACCCUGGGUGUCCUGGCAGCAGAGGCCCCAGAGCAGCUCCAGACAGAGCCGCCUGCCACAGCUCCCAAAGGCAGUGAGGAGAGGAGGAGGGCUAGAGCCAGAAGGGUGUUGGGGCUGAGAGAGCCAGACCUGAGAGGUUUUGGGACAAACCCUUGAGGUAUUGCUUCGCUUCCCUGGGCUGCUCCGAGCUGCUCGUCCGCUCUUUGCCACCGGCACAGGAACUCCUGAGUUCUGCUCCCUCCUGCUCUCCUGUGAAAACAAGGGUCAGUUUAUUUUGUAAAACAAAUCUUUCCCUGCCUUCUUGGCAAGGGAGAACAGCAGUUGGAAAGCACAGCUAUUGCAAUGGAGACAGACCCUGCUUCUCCUUGCUGCUGCUCCUGUUUGUGCCACAAGUGGGACAGCUGGAGCACCCCGGGCUCCCAGCACAGAUGGAGGGUCAGGCUGCUGUCCUGGAGCCAGGAGAGGUUGGGGCUCUGUGGCUGUGGGUGGGGAGGAUGUUGGGGGCGUUGGGGAUGCUGUUGUUGCUGGGAGUGUCUCCUGCCUCUUCCCCAUGAGCCUCUCCCCUCUGGCUGUGCGAGCUCCCGCUGACGAGUGGCAUCACUCUGCAUGUUCUGUCUUUGUUGAAACUGCAGUGCAACAUAAAGGAAAACAAGUGGAAUA